CCGCAGUACGCCCGGCAGGUCAGGCGUAACCCAUGGACUUCCUUACUUUAAUUUCUGAGGUUCGACUGGAAGCAUAAAAGGUGGGGUUGUCAAAAGACGAUAAAGACAGCCUCAUCGACCCCCAGCGUUAAAUAUGGCAGACACCAGAAAUCCAAUCAUGAACACGAUCGUUCAGUGGGGGAAUGCCAACGGAGACAAGAUCUCGCAGGCGUAUGGUUUUGUCGGUGGAUGGGAAGGAUGGGUCCAAGUCGAACUCGCCAUCGCGUUCAAACGAGCCUUUGAAGGGCCUGGUUCCACCGUCACCGUUAGUCGCGAGGAUGCCGUUUAUCAGGGUAAUAACCAGCGAUCGGAUAUCCUCUUCACUACCAGGAGAGGUGCCGAACACUUCACAAAUAUGCUCGAGUUGAAGUGCGAAACUUCGAGGGCCGGUGGAGCUGCUGCUUUCGCCACUGCAGUCGGAGCAGAUUGCACCAAGGUCAACACUGGGUUGAUCAAUAACCAACUCACUCCUUGCAAGGCGUGGGUCAUCGCCUUUAGUGUAACGAGAAACCUGACGAAUUUGACGGUGGGAGAGCCGGGGCAUCAGAGGAACUUGAGGGCGUAUCCGGACACGAUCCGUGCAGGCAACCAUACUAUCACGUUGUACUGGGGAUACAGAGACUUUCCUUAGAUAAAUUUGAGGAUGAGAAGCUGGAAACUUACAGUAAUCAAUCGUGUCAAAAAGACCAAUUAAAAUCUGACAUCUCGCAUGUGAACAC